AUGAUAUUUCGCCGUCUCAGAUUCCUGUUCAAUUGUUUCUCGGGGCUCUUGGAGCAGGGCGCCGAAGCAAACGACGACUGUCACCGUCAAAAGGCUCUUUCUGAUGUAUCUGACGAACAAGAAAUGUCAAAAGGCGGGAAGCAGAUGGAUUCACGAGUGGCCUCACCGGAGACACGACUGGCGGCUCCGCGGGUGUCCUUACGUGUGAUAUUGCGGGCGACUAUUAUUCAUGAAGAACAGAGGACCCCGAGCGAAGAUGAACUCGACCGGGUUGCAAAUUCACUGACGGAGUCUUCACACCUGGCUGGUAUAGCAUUAUCCAUACCGGCACUUCAGCCUCACCUCUCGCACCAGAACUCCAGCACUGCCUUCGCUCUAGAACAGCAGCUAUGGGCAUAUCUUGCGGGCAACAAGUCUCGCUAUUGGGAUGUCCUCAACCACGGCCAAUUGGUGGAUAUCGGACCAUUCGAAGCACCACUAGACGAGUCGAGCAGCGAAAUACGAGUACUGAAGGUCUCGCGCCAUUUCAAAGACGGCGGAGACGAAUCGGAGAUCUUCAAAGCAGACCUGGUGCGCGUUUCACUAGAUGACGACCCCGCUUAUCUGGCUAUAUCAUACGCAUGGGGUGACCCUUCUAUCGUCGGGCACUUUGCAAGCCAUCACAAAGACAAGAAGAGGCAAAUUGCAUACAGCAGAGGCGUAUUUGACAUUAUCAAUACAAUCCUAGCCUGGGAUAUGACACUAUAUCUAUGGAUAGAUGCUUUGUGUAUCAAUCAAGAGGACUUGAGCGAGAGGGAAAGCCAGGUUGCGAUGAUGGGAAAGAUAUUCUCCCAGGCGCGGCAAGUUGUCGCCUUCCUCGGCCAGGCUGAUGACAUGUCAACCACGGCUAUGGACUUCAUGCUACUAGCGGCCAACAGCAUCUGGGCCCACCGAUCUCCAGAUCACUCUUUUACCAUUUCCGGGAUAGGAAGGUUGGUCUCUGAGAUUGGCUCCCGAGUUGAGGACACGGUUUCCAUCAAAGGGCUGAUUUCCAGACCUUGGUUUCACCGCUGCUGGGUGGUGCAAGAGGUCGCCCUCGGAAAUGAUCCUGUCCUCAUCUGCGGGAAACAUGCCUUGUCUCUGUGUGCUCUGUCGACAUUACUCAAGUCCAUCAUUUUGGUUUUCAGAUAUUCUGCAAUGUGCGACCUCGACCAGAUGUAUUCCCAUGAUUUCAUAACAGCUAUUUUAUCAUUGGGCAGCACAGCCGGAAUACAUGUCGCGCGUCAAGGCCAGAAGGGCAAUGAAUUUCAACUGCCCUUUUUGCACAGUCUGGCUACAUUGAGUGCUACCUUCGAGGCCAGCGACCCGCGGGACCGAAUAUACGCAUUACUGGGCCUCAACUCGGCAAAAGCAUAUAGAAACGCCUUACGGCCGGACUACGGGAUCGCUGUUGAGGAUUUAUACACGAAUUUAGCACGUGAGAUCCUCGUUCAAGACGGCAACAUCAAUUUCUUGCAUUCAGCCGGAAUCGUGUACCGGCCCUCACUCAGCUUGCCAUCAUGGGUUCCUGACUGGACCUCAGUGCCGGCACACAAGAUUCACCAUGGAGACUUGUUAGGGCCACCGGCUCAGAUAUGGGGUAUCAAGGACUCGCAAACGCGCUUCAGCUUUGAUCCAGCAUCUCCACUUGUCUUGAACCUCUACGGCGAUGUCGUAGACUCCAUCAGACUCAUUAUCCGUGAUCCUUUCCCGUACUACUAUUCACUAGGGGAGACAUUCUGUUUGACGUUAGCAACAGCGUAUGUGGAAGCCGUCAUGGAGCUGAUUCAAACUUCGCAGACCAAGGGUCAAUUGGUGACACUCAACGAGAACCCCUGGAAGAAACCACUCCUGGAGACGCUGAGUGCUAGCGGAGCACCCUGGAUGGAUUUCUGGAAAUACUGGGCAAAGGUGAUUGACGACAAAGGAACACUGAAGACGGCGAAGGCGACCGAAGCGGGAUUCGAUGCAUUCAUCGAACGGAUCAAUCGCUGGCAUCGCGAGCGGCGUGCUGUAGGAAUGCCGAGCGAGGAAGAGGACGACUUUACAGGUCUUUUCUUCCUGGCGGUAACAGGACGCAGGUUCUUCGUCUCGUCCGAGGGUCAUUUUGGCUUGGCAACUGAAGGAGCCCAGGUUGGAGACUUUGUUUGUGCGUUUGAGGGCCAUCGAGUACCAUUUGUCGUCAGGUCGGUAGAUGUGGAGGACUUGUCAAAAGGGUAUCGUCUUGUCGGCGAAGCGGGAGAUUCAUUCUCAAGCGCGGUUAUGGGAAGCCUAUUCGACUGGUCUGAAGAAUCAGCUCCGGACAUGGGAUUAUUUGUCUCGUCUUUUGAUCACUUCAUCGUAGCAUCCAAUCUUUACAUUUGA